UGGGGCAGCUGGGGUGGGCUGGGGUGGGCUGGACUUAUGGCAGCUGGUUUUCUCACUUUCAUGUGGUAGAUUAGGCUUCCCGAAAGCUGGCACCAGGGCAGGGAUGUGGUCACAGUGGGACACUCAGGAUGAUCGAGCACUGGAUUUACCUUCCUAACCCAUCAGCUGGGAAUCCCCAGGGGCAGGGACUGGAAUCUGUUCUCAUGUGUCUCCUCCCCUCCACUGGAGGUCUCCUGUCCCUGUGUACCUGUGAAAUGUGGGAGCCUCUUGCUUCAUUUUCAGUGUGGAGACACCAGUAACAGGGCUCAGGGCCAGUAACCUCCUGUGGGCUUGGGCAGGCUGGUAUCCUUCUCUGAGCCUUGCUUUUCCCAGUUCAGUGGGACUGGUACAGAUGAUUCUCAGGGUCAUGAUUGCUGGUUCCAUUGCUGGUGUUCUGGACCAGAGCCAAAGGGCUGUAGUUGGAAAGAAUGAGCCCAGCCUUAGCCACCUGGUCUUUUGUGGCAGCACUUGGCACUGGGGCCUUAAAUCCGGAGCUUGAAGUUUCUUUCCUGGGGAAAAAGUGAGGCCAGAUUCAUUUGGUAGAGAUUGCAGGGGAGAUCUGUGUUCCCCUCCUAGCAAAUACAAGUCACUGUCCCAUCCUCGCCUCAACCCUUCCUGCUCUGCCUCCAAAAGGAAUGGGAGAGGGACAUAAGAGGUGUUUGAGUCUCCUAGUCUUGGGUUUGAUACCGAGUCUUAGAAGUUGGAGGCUUUGAACCUGGCCUGAUAUUACUCAUCUGCAGAAUUGGAAUAGUGCGUCUCAGCAGGUGUGAGGUUGGAACUGUCCUCAGGGAAAGGUGGCCCUGAUGACUAGCCUUAGGCCAAUUAACACUGCUAGAACAUAAUAGGGGCGCUCUCGUGGAGCACGGUUUUUCCUUUUCCUCCGUGACAUCCUUCAGCCAUCAGAGGGAGCUGUGUCCUCAGCCAAGGCUAGGACUGUGUGGUAGGUUCCCUGUCCUCAUGUCUUCUGAGCAGGAUGAGCAUCGUGGGCCUGAGCCCUGAUGGUCCUGUAGGAGUCAGGUAGCUGCAUACUAUAAUCCCUUAGGGUCCUAGCGGAGAUCCCUACUGCAUCCUGUGUAGGAUGUAGGAAUUCAUGGGAUAUCCAAGCUGGUAGGUCUCAGAGAGCUACCUAUGGGAUUCUGUCACCUGUGGGCCUCAAGUGGGUCUGUAUCUGGAGUAAUGCUCUGGGCAAAGACCUGUCUCCAGCCUGCAGUCUCCAGCUCCAUUAUCUGAGCUCAGAACCAGGCCUUUAUUUCUGAGCCCUACUGGUACCUAGAUGAGGACUUGCCUGGGACUGGAGGUAGCACAUGGGAGCCCUGGAGGACUGGCUCCCCACUUCUGUUUUCUGGGUAAUUGCCUGUUUAUCUGCCAUCUCCCCUCGAGGUGAGUUCCCAAAGGGUAGAGCAGGGCCAGGCCUUCCCUUCCCACUGAGCCUAGUGGUGGCAUGUACAAAGACAGCUCCAGAGAGGUUUGGAAGGAAAGGUCUGCCCUAGAUUGUUGGACCCAGCUACUGACCUGACCAGCUGCCUUCUCUGCAGCAAUUAGUGGGCUGGAGUUGGCUGAAGCUCUCUGCUCACGUGCAGGAAGGGGUUUCCUGAACUUGGCUGAACUUGGCUUGUAGUCCCCUGCAGCAGCCUCCCACUGCGCUGUUGGAGGAAGGGUCCACAUCUCAGCUAAGACUGUCCUUGAUACUGUGCCACCUUCAGCAAGCUUACUUUUAUCCCAGGGCUGAAGAUUCCUCCUGAGGAGAGGAGGACCUCAGCCCGGGGGUCUAAAGGUUGCCAGGGCCAGGAGGCUGACUUACAGCAGCUUAGGUGAUGCUAGGGAAGGUUAAGGGGCGGGCUGGUGCUCUUGGCUAGUUGCACUCUACCUCUGGGUGCUGCUGUGGUGACAGUCCCUGCGGAGCUCAUUACUGUGCUUACAUUCCCUUCUGUCCCCACUGACUGGGCUCUGUUUGUUGUUACCCCUCACUUUCUGGGCCUGUUACCCUGUGGGACCUCCCCAGCCCCACCUUUCUCUCCCUGAAAGGGCAGUGGAGGUGAGAGAUGGUCAAGCUGAGCUGCACCCUUGCCUCCACCCUCCAGGUCACAGUCUGGAUGCCGAGCCUCAGCUACAGGUGUCUCACACCUGGGAUAUACAUGUCUCUGAUCCCGGAAGUCAUCCUUUACUCUUUUCCUCAUCCUUAAGGGCCUGGGACCCAUGGGCACAGGAUUCAAAGACAACCAGACCUGAGUCCGAUUCUGGCUGGGUCCCUUGCUAGUUAUUAACCUCAGACCAGUCACAUUCUUCUUUGGCCUCAUUGUGACCCAGCACCCUUAGGUGAUGGGAAGAGGACAAGCCCUUGGCAUGUAGCAGUGGUUCUUGGUACACUUAAAUCCCUUCCCAAUCAGAUGCUCCUUGGUAGUGGGUUCCCCAACUCAGGGGAUCCCUGGUCGUUAUGGCCUCCCAUCUUGCCUACAUGUUUCAUAAGAUCAGGGCAGUGGACUUCAGGUGAUCAGGCUCUAUAAACCUAAAACCAGGAUAUGACAGUGUGGGUGAGCAUUUGCCAUCAGGCCUGGCUUAGGCCAGAUCCAAGGUCUGCAAUGAGCUCAUCUCCUCAAUGUUUAUUAAAGCCCAAGCAGGAGUCAGACCUGCUUCCUCCUGUCCAGCCUGGGGUCAGGGACCGUGGAAAGAGCCUAGAUGUGUGCAUCUAGGGGCAAGGAUGCGGGUGAGCAGUGCUUAAGCAGGACCUGAGCAGGUUGGGGGGCAGACUGUCUUAGUUCUGUUUAAAUGCUUCCUACUCUGUCCUUGCCCUGUUUUGUGAGCAAUCCAUGUUCACAUUAUGUAGCAGUUCAUUCAGUGUUCAUCCAUGUCCACUGUGCACAACUCAGUACUGGGGACUGAAGACUUAAAAAGUUAUGAAAGGUAAACUGUCAAGUAACUCUUGUUGCUCAAAAACAGCCAUAGUUGAAAAUAUUCUAUUUUCAUUCUGGUCUUUUUUUUUUUUUUCCACUUGAGAUUAAAGAGGAUUUUGCUUGUUUGGUUGGUUUUUAUGCACAUUUUUUGCAGUUGUGUAUGCAAAUUUGGAGCUUGCUUUCUUGAAUUUAUUCUCUGCUUAGCCUUUGUUGUGUGUUCCCGGUAUCUGGCAGCUGAUCAGAGGUCUGUGGACUUUAGUAGUGCUUGACACCACUUGCGUCUUCUGACUUCUUCCUGCCCCUAAGACCGCAAGACUCUGCCCACACCUUCCUACCUCUCCUGGCCUCUUACCCCGCUCCAGUCCAGCGCACACCUGGUCUCAUUUUGCCAUUGCCAAGUGCCCUGUGCUCUCUCCCUAUCUUCACUUCUUCCUCUUGCUAGGGCCCUGUAGUUCAUCAUUCCAGCUGUUCUGUCAUCAUCCAUCCAUCCAUCCCAUUCAUUCAUUCACUAUUAAGCAAGCAUUUCCGAGAACCUCCUAUGUGACAGGUCCUAUUCUGGGUGCUGGCUUAAUGUGAUGAACAAGACAAGCAGUCCCUGCCCUCUUCAGGACUUACAGCCUAGUGUGGGGACAUCACAAGCAAAAACAAAGCAAACUAGAGCUAGCGGUGUAGCUCUUCGGUAGAGUACUUGCCUGGCUUGUGUAAACACUUGGGUUUAAGUGCCAGCACUGCAAAACAAAACAACAACCACAACAAAACAAACCUAACAAAACAAACCUAAGAAAACAUAUGAAUAAAAUGCAAAAUUUACUGCUGGGAAGAAUAGAAUCUCUCCUUUCUCACAGAGAAAAAGAAACCUCCAUCAGUAGCUUCUCCGCUAAAUUGUUCUCUUCCCUGCCCUUUCCUCUACAAAGUAAAAGGUUCUGAGAACAGGCAGCUUAAUGUCUUCCAUAGUGUAGUCACCUCCAGUUCCUGCUAAGGGCCCUUAGAAGUAACCCCAGGCUUCAGGGAGUAUAUCUGUUGGUUCAUUUUCUGUGGUGCUGGUAAUGGAAUCCAGGGGCUCGCACGUGCUAAGUGAGUACUGUACUGUUGACUUAUCCCUCACCUGCAGACCUGGUGCUCUGUCUUCCUCGUGCUCCCCUGUUGGUCGCAUAGCCCAAGAUACCACUGACUUACUUGCCUCUGGCAAUCAAUUGCACUUAUGGUCCAUUAGGCCCUUCAGAUUAUUUUCAGUUGUUAUGCCUUGGGCAGUGCCACUGUCCUGUUUUCUGGGUGUGGCACAUCAUGGUGGUGGCCCGUCACCCUUCACGAUGCCCUCAUAAUGGCUGGGCUCCUGCCUACCUUAGGUAGUGAGUAUGUAAACAUUUGCCAGAUUCUUUUCCACCUCCAGUCUCCUGGGAGGAGGGUCAGUAUAGAUGGAAUAGGAGAUGGCAUUUUGGUAAAAGGGAAACUUGCUCAUGUGACUGCCCUGGGACAGGGCUGAGUCUGGAACCACCAGGUUAAAAGAAGCUGUGUCGGUGAGUUUCAAGGCACAGUCCCUGCACCAGCCGCCUGGAAAGAGGUAGUUAAAAAUGCAAACUCUCAGCAUUGUGUCUGUGCCUCUCAGGUAGUUCUGGUACACCCUGAAGUUUGAGAACCUUGGGUCCAGGACAGAAAUGAUAAUGACAUGGAUGAGAUCCUGGCAGUGGGAACAGAGGGGUGAUGGUUCCCAAAGCAUGUGAUAAGCAGAAUCCACAGACCUUGGUUCGCCCUCUCUGGUCCUGGCUGAGCCCCCAGGCAUCUUCCAGUCCAUCCUUACUGCCAGUGGUGGGUGUGUGGUCCCACAUCCCUCUCUGGCUGCUCAAUGGAGUCCCUACUUCAUAAACAAGCAGCUCCCAGCCCAGCCAUGGUAGUCAAGGUGGUUGCCACAGCAGUUGACAUCAGCACACUGGUCUCUGAGGAGCCUGUCAGCUUCCUGCUUGCCUGAAGUGCCGCAUUACUGCUUCUAUGAGGAGUGGCGAGGAGGCAUUUGGAGCCUCCCACCUCUCACACACCUCAUUUGAAGAACUGGGUGGAGUGGUGACUGGGGCAGAGGGUGGGAAUUACGGAGGUGGAGUCCUCUGGGGUGGCCUCUUCUCUUGGCGUCUGAGGCCUCAGCCCACUUGGCUCCUGACGUUGGUGGGAACAGCGGAGCAGCUCUUGGGCCAUGGCAGAGGAUGGGCCAAAGCAGCUGGAGAUGCCACUGGUCCUGGACCAAGGCUUGACCAAGCAGAUGCGGCUGCGUGUGGAGAGCCUGAAGCAGCGUGGAGAGAAGCGCCAGGAUGGUGAGAAGCUGCUGAGGCCAGCUGAGUCUGUGUACCGAAUCGACUUUAUCCAGCAGCAGAGGCUGCAGUUUGAGCGCUGGAAUGUUGUGCUGGACAAGCCGGGCAAGGUCACUAUCACAGGCACCUCUCAGAACUGGACACCUGACCUCACCAACCUCAUGACACGCCAACUGCUGGACCCCGCUGCCAUAUUCUGGCGCAAGGAGGACUCAGAUGCGAUGGAUUGGAAUGAGGCUGAUGCCCUGGAGUUUGGGGAGCGCCUGUCAGAUUUGGCCAAGAUCCGCAAAGUCAUGUACUUCCUCAUUACCUUUGGUGAGGGGCUUGAACCUGACAACCUCAAGGCCUCUGUGGUGUUUAGCCAGCUCUGAUGGCAGCCACUCCCUGCUGCUGAACUUCCUCUGGCCCACCACCCUCCCGCUGCCCAGAUCUCCUUUUCCCAUGUGUAUUUCUGGGGGCAUUCUUCUAGCUGUUGGGGUUGACUAGAGGCACCCUAAAUCCCAUGUCCUUCUUUUCUGUGGUGCCAGUGCUUUGGCUCAGGAGGAUCCCACAGCUCUGUAGUCUAGAAGCUGGACCAUUCAUUCACUGCCACUGCUGCUGUAGAUUCCUAGCCGGUGCUACCAUGGGCAGAUAGGAAGACCACAGGACCACUGUCCCUGCUUCAUUAUGGUGGAAAUAGACUGAAAGAGACAGAGAAAGAGAGAAAGAGAGAUCCAGACCACCUGCCAUCUGGCUUCCUCCAGAGACAGAGAGACUAAGAUUUAGGAGCAGCCUCCUCCUCCAGAACUCAGCAAGCAGGUGUUUGCUGCCUGUUGGCCGUAGCACCUUUGCUGAGUUCCACAAGAUUCGAAUACUUAGCCUGAAGACUGCUCCCACCAUUGAGCUGGUGUGAUUCUGUGACACCUCAAAGCCCUCAGGACGUGGGACAGUAUUGCUAUGGGUUGGUCUGGGUGGUGGGGAUUGGCUGGCAUUGCAGAAAGAGCUUGAGUUCCUGUGGGAGUGACAGCAGGUAAAGGGAAAUGAAGGGAAGUAUAUCAAGUCACAAUACAUGUAGGUAUUUUGAGAGAGCAUUUGUGUGUACUAUUAUUCACAUGGGUAUGUAUUAGAGGUCUGUGUCUGACCCACACAUGGCAACCUUUAGAUUAGCCAUUGAAUAAUUGAUUUCAAAUGUGGUUCUUGGCUUAGCUGACAUGACAGUGGUUGAAUCCCCCUUGGCGCAGGGAUUCCUGCUGGAAGACUUCGUGCUUCGUACAGAGAAAGGUAAACAGUUUCAUAGAGAGGGGUUCAGGACCUGGAGCUGGAGCUAGAGAUGUCCCCCACAGGGAAGUCAGAUUGUCAGCUCACUGGGAGUGGGGGUGGGUGCACAUGCAGUUGUUUCGUUCUCCUGUCACCUCUCUUGGCAUUUCCCAGAAUGCUUUGGUGGAGUGCAGGUGAGUGGAAAAGGCCUGAGGGACUUGCCCUGCACACCCUUCCCAUAGGUGAUGUUCUAAAGUGGGCCAGAGGCAGCAGCGCGGGCUUCUGAGAUCUUUGGGGGCAAUGCACCAGAGAAAAACAGGGGCACAGUUAUCAGCAGACCCAGUUCCAGCCACAAUCUCCAUUCUCCUUCACAAUAUUCAAGGCAGAGCCCCUGCUGGGAAGGGGCCUGGUCUGCUGCCUGGCUGCAGCUAACAGCCUCUCAACAAGUGCCACCAGCACCGUGUGCCUGAGCCAGCCAUAUGUUUUUGGCCAGACAUGUGUCCAAGAUAUUUUGGCUGCGCUUAGUCUAGGGAACAAAUAUGCUGAGAACUGGGAGGUGGUGGGGUGGAACUCCCCCUGAUGGUGGGACAACUGGAGGGUGAACCCCAGGGCAUUAGUAUAGUAUGCUGAGGGGCAGGCUUUGGCUGUUGAGUGAGUUCUUUACAGCUCUGAAUCUGUUAAGGACAUGCUUAGAGAUGGCCUUGCCUGGGGCCAUUGCUGCCUCAUUCUCCAAUGAGGACUGGGAAAGAUCAGACCCCUGGGCAGGGGCCUACUUUCUGCUUCUUUCCUUGGCCUCCCCCUGCAGUUGUAGGGAUACUCUUGGUCCAGACUCCACCUUGAUCCCCACUUCAUCUGUCCAGUGGAGUCCCCAGUCCUCCUGCUAUUGCUGUGCCUGCUGUGUGUCCCCAAUAAAGGCUGUGUGCCUCUGCCUUGGUGGUAUGUCUCUCACUGUGAGCGCUGCUCCCCAGAAACUGAGUCCUCUCUGAGCUCCCACGUGCCCUGCCCCUUCCUGCUGCCAGGUUUCAAGGAUGAGCCCAGAGCAGUAAAGUGACUAUGGACCCUACAUCAGGAUUCAGGAUUGGGUUUCACAGGUCUCCUGACUUUCUAACUGUAGCCCAAACCAGGGAUGUGGAGAGAACCAGCGGAGGCCAGGGGAGACUGGGCAGGGGCAGAUGGAGCAUAAAGGGUGGCCAGGGGUGUGGUGGGAUCAGUCCUCAGCUUAGUUUGGUCUCCCCUGACGUGGUCACUGAUUGGCUGUGUCCUCUGAUGGACCUUGACGCAAUGCUAGCUCCAGACCUUCCAGAGGAAACGCCUGGGUCCUGUGAAGCCUCUUCUGGCAGUUUUAAAUGCACAACCCAGUAACACUGAGACGGGCUCUGAUAGUCACAAGCCAAGCCAUGUUUGUGCUCCCUCAGUCCUUCAUACCUCUCUCCCUUUGGCAUCUUUCAGGUGUGUUCUUCUGUGGCAGAGACAACCAAGGCCCAGAGGAGAAGGGACCACACUCUGGGCUCAUGCACUUUUGACCCCACAACAGUGGCCCCUAGGAUGUGUCCCUCCUGUCGUGGGCUCAGGGUCAGCUAGGAGACUUCCUUUCCAGAGACAGGUCAGAGGCUGCACUUGUGGUUCUGUCCAGGAGUGACCCUGCUUCAGAACCCUGCAACCAUAUCUCACUGUCUCUCUCCUUUUUCCCAGAGUCUCCCUCACUUCCCUCCUCAGCACAUCCAGAGACUCCUCCAGUCCAGCAACCCAAUUUCUCUGGAGUCUGCUUCCUUGACACACCCCUCCCCAUGCCUGUCUCCUAGCCACUGCCCCCAGCCACUCCUGGGGAAAUAGAGGAGAGGUCCCAAAAACAGAGAAAUUCAGCACUCCUGGGAUAGUAGAAGUGACCUGGCUCAGUCCCCAGAGGAUAUCAUAGGGAAAUCACCCAUUUUCCUUAGAAACCACAAGAAAAUUGUAGACCAAAGAGACUUUCCGCUUCUCAGCUUCUGCCACCCAGAAGCUUACAGUGGUGAGGGCCCCGGUCCUGUGCAGCCACUGACCAGCUAUGUGAUAUCUAGCAAUGUCCCUAAGGCUCCUUCAAGAAGUCAGAAAAGUUGAGUGAGUUUAUGUGUAAAGCGCUUGAACUCCACAAAGCUGAUGUAACAUCCUCUCUGUUGUUUGUUCCUGCCUCAGUGGUUACACUUUAAACUCCUAUUUUUGAAAUUUGCUUUUUAUUUUAUUAGUACACAUUUCCAGUUCAUGAAUUUUUUUCAAAUUAUUCUAAGGGUCAAGAGAAUUUGUAAAGUGAACAGAAACCGAAGACUCUGAGAUAUAAAAAGAGUUGCCAGAGAUCACAUAGCAGGCCAGUGCCUAUGGCAGCAGGGAGUGUAGGGUGGAGAGAUGUCAGGUGCCAGGCCUGGCCCUGUAGUCCCAUAGAACAUUCACAGAGGUGCAUUCUCUUCCACUGCCCUGUCCAGCUCAAAUAGGCAGCUGAGGGGGUGCUUAGCCCUCACAUUGCAACUGGGAAGCAGAGAGGCCCGGGGCAAGGGUCUUCCUAAGGCUGAGGACCUUCCCAGGUCUUGGCUUCAGCCAGCAUAGGAAUCCUUGCAGUGUUUACAGCCUCAGCUGCCCAGUCCCUAAGGAGCAGAUGGCAAUGGCGCCAAGUCUUUCCAGACUCUCUCAACCCCAGCAUUUGAACCCUGGGGAAUUUGAGACUCUUGGAGCCAGAAGCUGAGACCCAAGGAGCCUCAGAGACUCAAACUAAAGCCUACUGAGUUUGAGGACUCAGACAGUCCUGUGGCCAACCUCCCUCAACUUGGAUGACAUAGGAACCCCCUUGCACCCCUGCAUCUCAUAGCCCUGCCAGUGUCGCUCAGAAAUGCUGUGAGCUGGCAUUCGAGGUUCCAGGCAGAAAUUUGGAAAGUCCCCUCUGCAUGUCCCCGAAUCUGCUCACACAAUUUCAUGGGUGUGUGUUCAUACACAGAUCCUAAGCAAGUUGCCUACCCUGGGCUCCUGACCCCUAGUCCUCUCUGUCACAUGACCUGGGCAAUGUUUGCAUCUGCUGCUAUGGCUGGACUGAAGUCCAGCCCCUGAGAUCUGAGUAGAAGCUCCCAAGAAAACCCAGAAGCUAGGGAAAUGGGACACUGUCCUCUAGGAAGGAGGGUGAUCUGGUAUCUCUCCCCUUUCCCUGCCCUGAGUUUUACUGCUUAUUGUGCAGGUGCCCACGUGGGUACUCCAUACACCAAAGGGACAGCUUCGUAUGUGCAGAGCCCUCCAUAGUGUAGCAGGCACCUCUGACUUCACUCUACUUUAGUUCUCAUGGUGGUAGGGUAGGUAAAUGAGGACACUGAGAUUCAGAGAGUUGGCCCAGUUUAAAUUUAAGUCCCUCUCAUGCAAGACAUUGAUAAUGUGGUCUUAAGCAAUGUCAAGGUCACCCGUUGAUUGGGAGCCUCACUGUGAUCAGCUGGGGAUUUUCCUUUCAGCAAGACUGAAGUCAGCUUUGGAGCUGAGCCAUACCCUUUGCAGUGUGCUGGGGGCUGGGCAGGAGUUCAGCCUUUCCCUGCCCCUAUGGAGCUCCUAGAGGAAAGGGGCCAGGCUGAGAUGCAGGAGGAAACUCCCCAACUGUACCUAGAACUAAACCUCAAGGGACAAGAAAAGGGGACGUGAAGGCAGAUGGACCCACACAUAAAGGGGUGAGGUGGCACAGGGCAUCCUGGAAUGAUUGGCAGGGAUGGUAGAUUUCUGCAGGACCCAUAGGAGAUACGUUGAGGAGUGAGAUAAGGACCAGCAGAGCCUACACACAGGGCUUUCACUGCCAGACUGUGUGUGGUGUCUGUGAUGAUGGGGAAUGUCAACUAUGGACCCCAUAAGAGUAGAGAGCACCACCUAGUGUGCUCCCUGUACCCAACGCUUCACAACAAAGAUCAUCAGCUACCCCUAGCCCAGCAGCCUAUCAGUUCAUCUGUAAAUAUUUCUGGAUACAGCUGUGAAAGAUAAAUGCUCAUGAAAUAAUAACCACAACUCAACUGAGAUAUUUUUGAAUAAUUCCAUAAUAUAGGAGAGAAAA